AUGUCCAUCCUCCUCACCAGCAUCCUCCUCCAUAGCUGGGAUAUCAUCUUCUCCACCCUCGCCGCCCUCGUGCACAUCUUCCAGACCUGCAAACAUAGAUUGUAUGUCUGGUGGUUUAGGAAGUCGCCGGAAGACCUUGCAAGGAAGCGCGUAGCGACCGCUGAAAGCUUCGAGGAGUGGCAGGCUGGGGCGGUUGCGUUGGAUGAGGCGUUGGGGAAUGAUGUUUGGCGUGAAAGCAACCAUAGCUUCCACUAUGACCACCGCGUCAUUAAACGGCGAUUACAAAGUAUCCGACAAGCGAAAAAUGACAACGAUGUCUGGACCAUCGUCCAUCUUAUCCGGUCUGGGUUGGUGAGGAAUCUAGUCAACAUCAUCUCGCCGCAGCUCUAUGAUCGUGCCCACUCGGGGACCAAACUUUUAAUCGAAGAGUAUAUCUCGGAACUCGGACGCGCCAUUGAAUACAUCACUGCUCUUGAAACCGUGCCCCGCGACCCCAAGGCCUUUGAUUCACAGGAUAAAUUUCAAUUGCUCUAUGACACCCGACAGGCGUUCGGCAGGUCGACGUUGAUCCUGCAGGGAGGUGCCGUAUAUGGGACCUGCCAUUUAGGUGUUGUUAAAGCACUGUAUCUGAGGGGAUUGUUACCUCGAAUCAUCACCGGUACCGCCACCGGAGCUCUGGUUGCGGCACUCGUGGCGGUACAUACUGAUGAUGAACUUAUACCAGUGUUGAACGGAGAAGGGAUCGGUGGGGCUGUUUCCGAUCAGUCGAUUGAGCAGAAGCGAUCCAAGGGAUUCAAGAUUCUUAGGCUUCUCUCGCGUGAAAAUGGAUACGGAUGGUUGUCUUCAUUGGUCCGACGGGCUGAGGAGUAUAUUCGAGAUUGUUAUUUCCCAGAUCUGAAACUUCUAGAGGGGUAUGUGAAGUCCACUGUUGGUGAAAUGACCUUCGAGGAGGCAUUUGCGAAGACAAAGCGUUCCCUGAACAUUACCAUCCCAACUGCUGGGGGAGCAGGGACUCCAAAUCUUCUCAACUACCUGACAGCGCCCAGUGUGUUGAUAUGGUCGGCUGUAGCCGCGUCGAACGUUUCAUCCGCAACGGCUUCACGGGUAACUCUAUACUGCAAGGACGAGACGGGAGCUAUCGUCCCGUGGCCCGACGCAGAAGGUCUCCUCUUCAGGUCAUGGCGUCAACUCGGUUACAACGAGCGCGAGUGUCCGCUUUCCCGCCUAUCAGAACUGUUCAACGUGAACCAUUUCAUCGUUGCACAAGCUAGACCAUUCCGGGUGCCCAUAUACUUACUAGAGGUCGAGCAGCCCGGAAAAGUGGUCUCCCGCCGCUGGGUCAUCCUCGAGCGCACCUGCCACAUUAUAGGUCUGGAAAUCCGGCACCGUUUGCGCCAGCUUGAUAGUCUGGGUCUCCUGCCAACGCCACUCCGCCGCCUAUUAAUCUAUGAGGAUAUACCGGGUCCACAUAUGACGAUUCUGCCAGAGCUGGGGUGGAUGGAUUUGCUGAAGGUAUUCAAGGCACCGCCUAUGAGGGACGAAGAGCUUAGGGGAUGGAUAUUGAAAGGGGAGCGGGGGACGUGGCCUGCUAUUGCUGCUGUUCGGGUUCGGUGCACUGUGGAACUGGCGCUUGAGAAGGGGUAUCAGGUUGUGAGGCCGCGGUCGAAGCCUGGGUUUGGGUUUGGGGAUGAAUGA